AUGGCAAGCCUAGUUAUUGCAAGUGUUCCCAACGUUACUACCGAUCAGUCUGCUCUUCUUGCUUUAAAAGCUCAAAUUUCUUAUGAUCCUCGCAAUAUUUUGACAAACAACUGGUCCUCUAGCACCUCUGUUUGUAGUUGGAUCGGUAUCACUUGUGGUUUCCGUCAUCAUCGAGUCACGGCCUUGAACCUUUCUUGCAUGGGUCUCAUAGGCACCAUUCCCCCACACGUGGGGAACCUCUCAUUUUUGGUUAGCCUAAGCGUCGAAAACAACAGCUUUCAUGGCUCUAUGCCCAACGAGUUGGCUCGUCUUUACCGGUUGCGACACUUUUCUGUUAAAUUCAAUGAUUUCAAUGGAGAAAUCCCAUCAUGGAUGGGGCUAUUAUCCAAACUUCAAUAUUUGUCUCUAAGCGGUAACAGUUUCACAGGUAGUAUUCCACCAUCUCUAUCUAACAUAUCAUCGUUGCAAAUACUUAGCAUUGCUUUUAACCAACUUUCAGGCACCAUUCCUUCUUCCAUCUUCAACAUAUCCACUUUGCAAGAAAUUUAUCUAACAGAGAACAAGCUUUCUGGUUCGAUGCCCUCCAUUAUCUUCAACAUGUCUUCACUGGAAGUCAUAGAUCUUUACACUAAUGAGUUGUCUGGUGAACUUCCAGAAGAUAUGUUUAAUCAUCUUCCCAAAUUACAACGGCUUGAUGUGUCUUAUAAUCAGUUUAAUGGAAAAAUUCCAUCCAGUACUAUCCCAUCUACUUUGUUAAAGUGCAAACAACAGCAAAUUCUAUCAUUGUCGAUUAAUAGAUUCACAGGAAGAGUACCUUUGGAAAUUGGAAACUUAACCAUGCUUAAAAAGUUAUACCUUGCCUAUAACAACUUUGAAGGAAAUAUACCUUCAGAAAUUGGGGACUUAAUCAUGCUCACAGAAUUAUACCUUUACAACAAUAGCAUUGGAGGUAUGCUUAGUCAUGCUUUAGUUGAUUCAUCCAUGGAUGUUACAAAGUUAUACCUAGACUAUAACAACUUUGAAGUGCAAACAACUGCAAAGUCUAUCAUUGUCGGUCAUAGAUUCACAGGAAAUAUAGCUUUAGAAAUUGGGGACUUAAUCAUGCUCACAGAAUUAUACCUUUACAACAAUAGGAUUGGAGGUAUGUUUAGUCAUGCUUUAGUUGAUUCAUCCAUAGAUGUUAGAAAGUUAUACCUUGAUUAUAAGAACUUUGAAGAAUUAUACCUUUACAACAAUAGGAUUGGAGGUAUGUUUAGUCAUGCUUUAGUUGAUUCAUCCAUGGAUGUUAGAAAGUUAUACCUUGACUAUAACAACUUUGAAGGUACUAUCCCAUCUACUUUGUUUAAGUGCAAACAACUGCAAAUUCUAUCAUUGUCGGUUAAUAGAUUCACAGGAAAUAUACCUUCAGAAAUUGGGGACGUAGUCAUGCGCACAGGAUUAGACUUUAGCAACAAUAUCAAUGGAGGUAUGCUUAGUGAUGCUUUAGUUAAUUCAUCCAUGGAUGUUACAAAGUUAUACCUUGGCUAUAACAACUUUGAAGGUACUAUCCCAUCUACUUUGUUUAAGUGCAAACAACUGCAAAUUCUAUCACUGUCGGUUAAUAGAUUCAUGGGAAGAGUACCUUUGGAAAUUGGAAACUUAACCAUGCUUACAAAGUUAUACCUUGCCAAUAACAACUUUAAAGGUGCAAUACCAAAUGAGAUUGGUAAUCUACAAAACCUUGAGACCUUCGAUAUUGGUGUCAACAACUUCAAUGGUUCAAUUCCAUUUGAAAUCUUUAAUAUCUCAACAAUAAGAGUAAUUGAUAUGCAUUUGAGUAACCUCUCAGGCCAUCUCCCAGCAAAUGCAGGCCUCUUCCUUCCAAAUCUUCAGUAUCUUUAUCUUGAUUAUAACAAACUAAGUGGAACAAUCCCUAGCUCUAUCUCCAAUGCUUCGAAACUCACUAAAUUAGAUCUAGGAGACAACUCAUUCUCAGGCUUAAUUCCUAAACCACUAGGUAAUUUAAGGCUCCUCAAGUUGCUCCGCCUAGCAGGAAAUAAUUUGACCAUUGAAUCAUCUACUCCAGAAUUCAACUUUUUCUCUUCUUUGUCAAAUUUGGCAUAUCUAAAUGUUUUAUCAUUGUCAGCUAAUCCAUUGAAUGGCGUCCUUCCUAGUUCCAUUGGAAAUCUCUCCACUUCUCUUCAAAAAAUUUACAUAAAUAAUUGCAAUAUUAAGGGCAUCAUUCCAAGAGAUAUAGGAAAUUUAAGCAACUUGAUGACUUUGAGUUUAAGUCAAAAUGAAUUGAUUGGACCUAUUCCAACUACAGUGGGAAGAUUGCACAAGCUUCAAGGUCUCUAUCUUUUUAAUAAUAGACUAGAAGGUCUCAUCCCAUCCGAUCUUUGUCAUUUAGAGAGCUUGUUCGAGUUGUAUUUAGGUGAUAAUGAGCUUUCUGGACCUAUUCCUGUGUGUGUAAAUAAUCUCACAUAUCUAAGAUAUCUUUACUUAGACUUCAACCAAUUAACUUCCACGAUUCUAUUGAGCUUGUGGAGCCUUACAUAUAUCUUGGAGGUCCAACUCUCAUCAAAUUAUCUAAGUGGCCCUCUCUCAUUAGAGAUUGGAAAUUUGAAGGCCUUGAGAGUAUUAAAUUUAUCAAGAAAUCAACUAUUUGGUCAUAUCCCAGCAACAAUUGGUGGCCUCAAAGAUCUAGCUAAUCUCUCCUUGGCGAACAAUAAAUUCGAAGGCUCAAUUGCUGAAUCAUUUGGUGAACUAGUAAGCUUGGAAUUCUUGGAUCUUUCUAGUAACAAUUUAUCUAGAGAGAUCCCCACUUCCUUUGAAGCGCUUUCGUAUCUCAAAUAUCUAAAUGUCUCUUUCAAUAGACUGGGAGGAAAAAUUCCUGUAGGAGGACCAUUUGUACACUUCUUCACUGCAUCAUUUAUGUCAAAUGAUGGACUUUGUGGUGCUCCCCAAUUUCAACUUCCCCCGUGUAAAGAAGGUGUUUCUCGAGCCAAAAAGACCGCAGCAGUACGUAUACUAAUGUAUGUAUUACUAACAAUUGGAUUAACAAUGCUUGUAGUUACUCUUGUAUUAGCAUGGACAAGAUGCAGAAAAAGGAAUGCAAAACUUCCAGUGGUUGCAAACUCAUUACCUUUAGCGACAUGGAGAAGAAUUUCCCAACAACAAAUUUUACAAGCAACAAAAGGGUUUAGUUCACACAACUUACUUGGUAAUGGGAGCUUCGGAUCAAUUUAUCAAGGAACACUUUCAGAUGGAAUGAUUGUUGCAAUAAAAGUUUUCAACUUGGCAGUAGAAGGGGCAUUCAAGAGUUUUGAUAUAGAGUGUGGGAUACUAUUCAAUAUUCGUCAUCGAAAUCUUGUCAAAAUCAUUAGCACGUGUAGUAACAUGAACUUUAAAGCUUUGGUAUUGGAAUACAUGCCUAAUGGGAACCUAGAGAAGUGGUUGUAUUCUAAAGAUCACUGUUUGAGUAUCUUACAAAGACUAAAUAUAAUGAUCAAUGUCGCAUCAGCAUUGGAAUACCUGCACUAUGGUUCUUCAACACCUAUUGCUCAUUGUGAUUUGAAACCCAGCAAUAUCUUAUUAGAUGAAAAUUUGAUCGCGCAUGUUGCUGAUUUUGGCAUUGCCAAGUUGCUUGUUGAUGGGGAUUCUAUGAUACAAACUAUGACUCUUGCUACUAUUGGGUAUAUGGUACCAGAGUUUAGAUCGGAAGGGAUUGUUUCUACAAGUGGUGUUGUGUGUAGUUAUGGUAUUUUGCUAAUGGAAACUUUCACAAGAAAGAAACCUACUGAUAACAUUUUUGCUGGAGAAAUGAGCUUGAAGCGUUGGGUGGAGGAAUCAUCACCCCAUUCAGUAACUAAAGUUGUUGAUGCCUAUUUGUUAAGAAAAGAAAGAGAUUAUGCUUCAAUGGAUAAUUGUAUAUCAUCCAUAAUAGAAUUGGCUUUGCAGUGUUGUACCAAGUUACCUAAACAAAGAAUUAAGGCAAACAAUAUUUCAAUUACACUCAACAAGAUCAAAUUGAAGUUUCUACAAGAUACUGAAGGAAGCUAA